AUGCCGGCAUACCACUCCAUCUUCCUAGAGGACCGCGAUGUCCCCGUGAUAGGGAACUUCCCUAUCCUGCCACUGCGCACUCGAACUCGUGGUCCCGCAUACACUUUGCCCGCUCUUCCCCCCAAUACCCCGGACGUGGACGUCACCCCCGAGAACGAGUCCUACGACUGUGUCGAUGAGAUCCUGUCCCUCUUCCGGGCGAACGUGUUGUUCCGCAACUUUGAGAUCAACGGCCCCGCCGACCGGAUGCUCAUUUAUGGAACUCUCUUCGUCAGCGAGUGUCUCGGCAAGGUUAAGCCUACGAUGAGUGCCCGGGACGCUGAGAAGGCUUUGAUCAAUGCCGCCCUGGACAGCUUCGCCAUUCCCGGUGACGUCUCUUUCCCGCUGAACCAGGCCUUUGAGCCCCCACGCGACCGCCAGGAUGCGGAGAGCUUGCGGGCAUACAUCUCGCAGGUUCGACAGGAGAUUGCCGUUCGGCUACACGCUAGAUUAUACCCCGGUGGAGAGGGACCGUCCAAGUUUUGGCUUAGCUUUACGAAGAGAAAGUUCAUGGGAAAGAGCCUGUAG